AUGACUGAAGCUAAUAGCAAGUCUGUGAUAGACGAAGCAAUUGUUAAAGAUAAUAUCAGCCAAGCUGACAUGGCCAAUGCUAUCUUGUCUCAAGAAUUACGUGAAUGUAUCGAAACAGUAACCAAAUCUUUAACAGAGCAACAGAAUACUAUUGGAUUAAUAUCCAAUAUUCGUAGGCAAGUAUUGGAUAAAAAAAUCUGGAUUUCUCUUUACCAAUUACUGGAGAUAGUAAAACCCGAGGUUCGUCAAGAACUUAUAAACUCGAUAGCAAACCCGGAUAUUCCUCAAAGAAAUCAUACACCAUGCAAGGCUAAAAGAAAAUGCAAAGCUAGAAAAAAACUAAUUUUUAAUGAUACCGCAUCUGAGUCCUCAUCUUUAUCUGGGUCCGACUCUGAAUCAUCUAAUGAUGACGAAGAUUUUACUGUGAAUGUAGUGAAA